UUUCUCAUGUUGCUGACGUGGUGAGAUACCAUUGGUUGUCUGAAUGAUAUGGGACCCACGUUAAGUAACACUUUAGCCACCAACCAACUCAUGAGCCAAAGUAUCUUAAGGUUGACCCAUUUUCUAGUCUCAUGUAGAUCACACAAAACAAAAUUCUUUGCCACUUUCUAAAUUAAGUGUUCAAGUUAUGAAAAAGGAAAGUUAGCUGAACGAGAGCAAUUUUAUCUUCAUGAUAUGAAAAAGCUGCCUUAUCGGAAGUGCUGAUCAAUGGCAAUUGAAGAAUUGGUUGUACGUACUGCUGAUAUUAUCGAUCAACAAGCAAUGGAAACCUUGUUGAUCGAAAAUCACUCAAGUGAAGCCAAGGACAUGGAAAAGAUGAGGAGUUCGAUGGAAAUAUUGAGUAGAGUAGAUUUGGACCUUGCAUAUUCUGAUGAGAAAUUGACGAAUCUUGACAAUCUUUUGAUGCGUGUCUUGGCCUGCGAAAAUGAAGUUGAAGCAAUUUCUUUCGAGAAUGAUGAGAUUUCUCCUGACUCAAUUGAGAAAGUACUGACGUUGGAUCACUUAUCUGCCAUUUUAAACUCUGAGAUAAGGCAACUGGACAAUUUCAUAGGCACUCUUCAAGACCUUAUCACUGAAGCGAGGCAAAAGAUGUCUACGUGCAGAGAAUUUAGUGAGUUGCAUAUGAUAAUGGAGAAUAAAUUUCAUGAUACCGAAGAGUUGUUGCGACAAUCAAAGGAGCGUGUCCUAGAAAUGAAGAUGCAGCUUGCCAAGUUGCAGAUGACUUCAUUAGCUUUCGACAAAAAUGAAUGGAGACAUAGUAUGAGUUUGGAUUUAUCAGACAUUAAUAAUGCGUCAACAAGAGAAUUUAAGCCACACAUGCAGACAGUUGAGCAAAGACGUAUAUUAAGAAUGUUGGAAAAAUCACUUGAAAGAGAGCUUGAUCUCGAGAAGAAGUUGACUCUACUUAAACAAAAUGAAGAUGAUCUAAAGUUGAAACUCCGGUUAACCGAGCAAGUAGCUCUAUGCAUGGAAGAGGGUGCAGAGGUUAUAUGGGGUAGGUUUUUAGAGUCAGAAAACACAGCAGAGGUACUCAUGGGAAUUUCCAGAGAAAUGGUUAGCCGACUACAGGUUGUUAACUUCAAUUUAAACGGUUCACUUCAACGAGAGAAAGAUUUCACAUCAAAGAUUGAUAAUUGCAUAGGACAGAUAAAUGCCAAAGAUAUUACCAUACAAAACCUUAAUAGCUGCAACAAACAACUUGCUGCUGAAAAUGCCGAAGUAUCCUCUUUAAGGGACAGGCUGAAACUUUUAGAAGAUAAGUUGAAAGAAUCCGAGUCUAAAUUACUUAAAGCAAAUGAACUGAAUGAAGCAAGUGAAGAGCGGCUUAAAGAACUGGAAUGUAUCGUAGAAUCUCAAAAAGAAGACAUCGAUAUUGCAGAACACAAGGCUGAAAGCGCAGAGGAAAAGGUUGCACAUUUGACCGAGACAAACUUGGAACUGCACGAAGAGUUGGAUUUUCUCAAGAGUAGUAAUGAAAGUAAUGCUAAAAAGGUCAGCAUUCUUGAGAAAAAGGUUAGAGAAUUAGAACUUCAGCUACAAAAUGCUAAGACUUCAUCAGAAGCAGGCCAAGAACAACAGAAUAUGCUGUAUUCAGCCAUUUGGGACAUGGAAACUUUAAUCGAUGAACUAAAACAAAAGGUCUUAAAAGCCGAAAGCAAGACUGAGCAUGCAGAGGAACAGUGCCUAAUUUUAUCUGAAGCUAAUUUAGAACUUACCAAAGAAGUAGAGUUUCUAAGAUCAAGAGUUGAAGGAUUGGAGACUUCUUUGAAUCAAGCUACUGUUGAGAAACUUGCAAGUGCAAAAGACAUUAACAUAAAAACCAGCUUUAUAAUGGAUCUAGUCAUGCAGCUAGCUAUAGAAAGGGAGCGAGUACAAAAACAGAUGUUUUGUUUGGCCAAGGAAAACAAAUCAUUGGUCAGGACGUUGGAGUCAAAAAAGGAUCAGCUGUCCAUAAAUGUACUUGUGAAUGGAGUUGAUGAUAUUGGGCUGUCAUCUUCUAGAGUUGCCUCAACAAUCGCUGCCGCUAAAGACAGUUCGUGUGAACUGCUAACAGAAUCUUCACUGAAGAGCUCCCAGGUGAUCAACGAAUUAACUCCUGAUAAAACGACUGAUCAAAGCAGUAAGUCUUCCAUUUCGACAAAUGACGAGCCUUCUAUGGUUGUCAAGUCGGAGGAGACACAGGUUCAGUUACAGACAACACAACACCAACACAAGUACAUUGUCAUGGCAAUCUUCGUCUUGUUACUUUCAACAUUAGGAUUAUAUAUUUUUGACAAAAGAAACAACAUCCUCGACUGGUCGAUGGUUAGAUUAUAGUACUUGUGCUGCAAUACAUUGUACAGAUUCUUUGAUUGUUUUCGUGUUCAUGAUCUUCUUCUAUUCCCUGUAAAUGUUGUUGUUCAAAGCUCAAGAUAGAGCAAUUCUUUUAAGCAAAUUGUGUUGUUGGAAUGAUUAUUGCAAACUCAAAAGAUAUUAGCCAUUUGUAAAAGUAAUUGUGUUUUUAAUGGAAUGAGAAUUGUUGUUGAUUGUUCUUGUA